GUUUCAGAAUUUCGUGAACGGGUGUUGCUAUUUGUUGUACAAGUGUUCCCGGAUAUGUUGGGGUUAUUUUCCGGGUGUUUGGAGAGGUGUGCAUGAAUGGAACAACAGAAUACAUCAUCUCAUCCGCUUUUACCCCCUGGAUUUACCAAUCCGUCGUUUGCAUCCACUUUUUCAGGUAUAACACCAGCCGCUGGAAAUGUUAGUAACCCGUUGCUGGCUUCAACACUUCAUCACCUCCAAGAACUUUCGGCAGCGCAAGGUGCUGCUGGGUUGUUACCAAACAGUUCGCAACUGUCUUUGAGUAGUCAAUUUGCAGCCGAACUCAAUAAUAUUGCAGCAGUUAGCUGGCCCGCUGCUCCAAAUGCGAACGCUGCUUGGCUUGAACAGGCUAAAGUUGCUGCCAUUUUGCCGAUGUAUACAGUUUUCUCUGCCGGAACAUUAAAACCAAAGCAAGUUUUCCGUUUUUAUCGAAGUGUCGAUGCAGCAACUCUUAAUCCGGGUGAAAUUGAGCUCACAGUACAGAACAGUAUUGCAGCCAGCAACAGCGUUAUCUCAUCUGCCAUGCCGAUCACUGCAGAUACUUUUCCUUGUAAAGUGGAGAAUAAUAAUGUGCAUAACCUAAGCUCACAACCCUCAACUCCACAGCAGCGAGGUCAGCAACCAAAUGCCAUUAUGGGUUCGACACAGUCUUCUCCUGCCAGUGCAAUGCUUGUAAUUGACAGACAACCAGGUUCCAUCCAAAGCCAUUGCUCAACCGAAAUGAGACCUUGUUCGACGUCUUCCAUGGGUCCGUCUUCCGUUCCGAAUCAUUCAAGCGUUGGUUCAGUUGAUCAUUUAUCAGGCUCCGUAGGGAGAGCACCAGUGCCGGAAACAGUCAGUACUAUACGACCGUGUUCACAACAAAGCAGCUCUAGUUAUAUUAUAUCGCGCGGGAACGAUCCGUCCAACGUUCACUCUCCUGCACAGAUCGCUUCCAUGUCGGUCGGUUCGCGUAAUUCAGCUGUACAACAGAAAAUGUUCGAUCCAGGUGUUGCAAAUCGUCCGACAGAAUUGCGUACUGUAUCUUCUGGUAUGCGAAAUGCCACUCCAGUUGGAACCUCUUCUGAAGUUAAUCAAAGUUCAUCAACUGUUCAACAAAUAUCGGCCACACCUCAUGAAAAUGGCGCAGACAAUAAUAAUUUAGAAGAUUUGCCAUGGUCCAGUAUAGAUCUUGCUGACAUUGACUUGUUUAGCGGGUCAUCUGUUGCUGAAAAAGAUGUUAUGCACUCCGUUCUGGAUGAAAUGGACCCGACUGUGAUGCAUCGACUUUUCCUAAACGAACCAUCUUCUGGUGCAACUAAACUGCCUAUAAAUGUCUCACAACUUGUUACACCAAAAAUUCGUGAAAAGAUCAAACUAAAAAGAGAGAAGGAAUUAGCCGAUGCAGAUAAGGAAUUGGAUAGACUUCUUUCACUUGUUGCCAAGAAAGAUGCUAUAUCGACACCUGUGUCUAAAGUUCCAAAGCCGCUUCAGGCGCUUGAUCCAGUACUGAUGAUGAAAGCAGAUACUUCUGAUGAUCACAAAAUCAGCCUCAGUCCUGUUCAAAUUCACCCACAGCAUCCACCUCAGCCGGUGUUUCAUCAGGAUUAUGCAAUUUCUUCUUUCCUUCAUCUAACUCUUCCACCAGUACUGGUGCUCUCCGCCCAAGAGCUACACGUACCGACGUCCCGUCAGCGAAGACACGUUUUUAUUUAUGCCACCAACGGAAAAGAAAACAAGUCGAACAAAGUUCCUGUAUAUAAACAGAAAGCAAAAACAUUCUUGCAGUCCGUAUUCAAAGCUGAAGAACACGCUCCCGACGACGCCUACAAUUUCAAGGAUGAUGAGGAGGAAAGUAAGCCGUUACCAUCUGGUGCAACCGCGUCUGAGACGCAACUGCGAGAGCAAAGACUAGAAGCAGAAGUUGCACAGAGGCUCGCACGAAUAAACAGUGCCCAUCCAGAGCUUAAAACAAAGAGUGGAAGUGAUGAACCGCAGUAUCAGCAGGAUCUGUGGAGGCAUGUGGUACCUAAAAAGCGACAUUCGGCUGCAUCAGAGAGGCCAUCCGUGCCUUCAACUCCUUUGUUACCACCUGCUGCCGUCAAUGAACAUCGCGCAGAAAAUCCGUCAAGUCAAAAGGUAACGGAACCGCAAACAAUAGUCGAUUUAUUGUUGCGCCGUAAACAACAUCGCUCAUCAUUCGGCUUCUUAAAGACGAAAUCUCUUGGCGAUAAAGAAACUGCCAAAAGUGAGCAGCAAACAGGGCCAUCGGUGAUUACGAUUAGGGUUGAGCCCAAAACCGAUUGUGCUGCCGAAAAUGGAACUCAGUCAGAACAACCUCUUCCGAAGUUGUUAAUCAGAUUGCCCCGAAGAUCGGUUGACGAGAAUAUGCUAGAAUAUGAGAAACCAAAGAAAAAGAAAAAAAAGCGAAAGAAAAGAGACAGUGAUUAUGAAUGGGUAGGUCCCGAGUCGAAAGGGAAAAAGAAGAAAAAACGUAAACAUAAGCAUCACCACAAAAAGAAGAAACGACAUGCAUCAGAUUUCGAGGAAGAACUUACGAACAAGCAGAGUGAACAAUGGACAUCUGAGAGUGCGAACAAAGAAGCAACCGUUUUCAGUAAGAAACGGCGCCUUAUAAUGCACUGGAAUGAGAGAGAGGGAAAUCGUGUAGAUUCAGAGUACUGCCGGGACCGAAACUCCUCUUUAUCAUUCGAAAGUAAUGAUGGACACAACAUGCAUCCGGAAUCGUCAGAUCAUAGUGUUUUAUCUAAGUUUCAUCCGGUAGAUGGACAUUUAGCGAAAGGGACUUUCGUAGUUUGCAAAGCUGAUAUCUUGAAGGAAGAUUGUCCUCUUUGGAGAGUUGAUAAUCAGAACUUGCUGCAGAAAUAUCCGCCUUUCAACCUUGAUGGCAAAAUAGCUUAUAGAAACAGUUCUACGUAUUCUGGUUGGUGUGAUCAAAUUGCUGAUAGCUACAUUGUUGUACGGGUACGCUUCAUCAAACACAGUCGUUCGGAGUCCAUAGUCGAACCAGAAAUGCCGCUACUAGACAUGUUCCCAGCAAUCAGCAUCGAAUAUGAAGAGCAGCCGUCUGCCAACACAAGAACUGCAUCCGAACAGAAGGAUCUUUUCACAGACGACCCAAUUCGAAAGCAAAUGGUUCUUUAUGUAAAAGCGAUGCUUAAUCAUGCACUUGAUAUGACAUUCCUCCAGACAGUAAAACAGAAAAGUGACUGGAAUUAUUUGUGUGCUUUAAAUGGUAUUGAUAAAUUAAACCAAGAACGAAAAGAGAAAGUACAGUUGCGAGUGAAAUGGAUUCAGCGUUACUUGGAUCUUCUCCAUUUCUAUUCGUCAUGUGUGGUAUGCGAUUCGGAGGGCAGUGGCUUAAGUUGUCAGGCAUGUGGCAUUUCUGGUGUUGAAAAGGUUGUGCAAUUGUUUUGUAACGAAGGUUAUGAUUAUGAUACUCUGGAGGCUGAAGAAGUGUGUUAUACAGGAUCUGGGUCUCCAUUGCAUGCGGUGGAAUAUUUGGUUUGUUCGUCUUGUGGAAAGCUAUCGAGAAUUUAUCACAAAUUGCAUCAUAUGCGGUAUAUACUCCUCAAGAAGUGCGAGGAUAAGCUGGAGAAAGUUAGUACAGGAAAUACGGAUGUUUCAUCGGAGUUCGUAGUGGAGACUUGCAUGAACGAUGUGGUAUGGCUGCGUUCGGUUGUCAAUGAGUAUGCAGAUCUGUGGAGAAGGAUUGAGAUGAAUACCUGUUGAUGUCGCAUCUUUUUUCGAGUUUAAAAAGGUGUGUUCGAUUUUUCAAUCAGAGGAAAUUUAUUGUGAAUUCUCGAGCAAAGGAUGAAAACUGCAGAAUUCUAGGAAGCUUUAAAUAGAUAAAAAUUUCACUAACACUCAUAUAAUAGAAGCUAACUUUGCAUGCAUCUUCUGGACUGAUC